GUGUGUGUGUUGCAGGCUCGCUGUCCAACAGCUCCGUCAUCAGCCGAUUGUUGGUCAACGCCGACCCGUUCAGCUGCGACCCCGACAACAUGGACUGCUACACUGAGAAGUGUGUCAUGAACAACUACUUUGGCAUCGGACUAGACGCCAAAAUCUCUCUGGACUUCAACAACAAGCGAGACGAACAUCCAGAGAAGUGCAGGAGUCGCACCAAGAACAUGAUGUGGUAUGGAGUCCUAGGAACCAAGGAGCUGCUGCACAGAACCUACAAGAACCUCGAGCAGAGAGUCCUUCUGGAGUGUGAUGGUCGGCCAAUCCCUCUGCCCAGUCUGCAGGGAAUCGCUGUCCUGAACAUCCCGAGCUACGCAGGUGGGACCAACUUCUGGGGAGGAACCAAAGAGGACGAUACCUUCACAGCUCCGUCCUUCGAUGAUAAGAUCCUGGAGGUGGUGGCCGUUUUUGGCAGCAUGCAGAUGGCCGUGUCCCGAGUCAUCAACUUGCAGCACCACCGCAUCGCUCAGUGUCGGACAGUGAAGAUCACAAUCCUGGGCGACGAGGGUGUCCCGGUUCAGGUGGACGGGGAAGCGUGGAUCCAGCCUCCGGGGUACAUAAAGAUCAUCCAUAAGAACCGGACCCAGACCCUGACCCGAGACCGAGCAUUUGAGAGCACCCUGAAGUCCUGGGAGGACAAACAGAAGUGCGAGUUUCCCCGGGCGCCGCCUCAGCCACCACUGUCCUCCCAGCCUGAGAUCGUCUCCGAGGAAGAGGCGACACUCAUAAGCGAGUUCGGUCAGGCAGCUGGAGUGCUCAUCCACAGCAUCCGUGAGGUCGCUCAGUCUCACCAGAGCAUGGAACAGGAACUGGCUCACGCUGUCAACGCCAGUUCAAAGGCCAUGGACGUAGUCUACGCCGACUCCAAGAGCUCCAGGGCUCUGAGCUGCAGCGUGGUCAUUCAGAUGGUCAGCAACAUCAAAGCUUUGGUCAGUGAGACUGAACUUCUCCUGUCUGGAAAGAUGUCCAUG